AUGGAAGGUAAGCUAUGUCUCUAUUUAGAAAUCUUUAAAUCCUCCUAAAGCAAAUUCUUUACUGUUAAAUACAAAUCAAAGGCCUAGGCUGACUCAAGCUUAAACAACAAGCUGAUUUUCAUACAAAGAAAAUUUGAUAAACUAAUUGAUCGUGCUAUGGAAAAAUCCAAGUCAGUAGGAAUAUUCCUCAAUUGUGUGGAUGAAAAAUCAUUCAUAGCCUUUGGGAUUUUACAAUCCUAAAUCAUUGAAUUUGAAAUGUUAACUGUAUUACUUCAUAUUAACAAAAUUAGGAAGACCAAAAAAUUAAUCUUAGUAAUUUGAAAGGCAAUUACGAAUCAUUUUUUAAGGUUGAUUGGACACUCAAAGGAGUACUAAGCUAUGAGAAGACCCAAAAAAUCAAAAAUAAUUUGAACGAUUUGUUGCCGGUGAAUUAAUGUAAAGAGGUUUAAGAAAUAUCAGGAUCAAAUGCUGAAGAGGUAUUAACUUAUCGUAAUCUUAAGCUUCAUUCACUUCUUUAAAAAUAAAAACCUUAUAAGCCUCAACCUUUACAGGAUAUUAAAUUGCCAUUAUAAUUCAAUUAAUUAACAUAACAAAAAUAUCCUAUUCAUAAUGAUGAGUCAAAAUUAAGGAAAAAAGGCAAUAGCAGAAGUAGAAGUAGAGAUAAAGAGAAAUCAUAUGACAAGAGAAAAUCAAGCAAAGAUCCAAGUGAUGAUAGAGGAAAGUAAAUAGAAAAAAGAAAACAUGAAUAAAAUGAAAGAAAAGAAACCUAUAGAGAUAGUUAGGAUAGACACAAUAAAAGUAGGAAAAGCAGAGAUAGAAGCAACAGAGAUAGAAGCAAAAGAAGCUAAGAUAAAAAAAGUGAGGAUCGAAGAAGUAGAGAUAGAAAAAAUAGAAAUGAUUAGAAUAAAUGGCAAUAACAUAAAGAGUUUGUUGAUGACAGUAUACAAAUACAUAAUAGAUAUAGAAUAAGUACAGACUGAAGUCGGAUUAAUAGAUAAAGACAGAUUGGAAAAAGAAAAAUAGUAAAGGGAAUAACGUGAGAGAGAAAGAGCGAAAGGUUAAAGAGAAUAGAGAGAUAGAGAAUUACAGAAAAUGAAAAAUACUAUAAAUCCUAAAUAAACUACAGAUUGGGAUAGGGAUGAUAGAAUCGAAGAUGAAUAAGAGCAGAUUAAAUUAAAAGAUAAGAAAGAAAAGAUAAAGGAUAAAGACAAUGAAAAAGAUAGGGAAAAAGAAAAAUAAAGAGAGAAAGAAAAAGAAAGAGAAAAAGAAAAGGAAAAGGAAAGAGAAAAGGAAAAAGAGAGGGAAAAAGAAAAGGAAAGAGAAAGAGAGAGGGAAAAAGAAAGAGAAAGAGAGAAGGAAAAAGAAAGAGAAAAGGAAAGAGAAAGAGAAAGAGAAAGAGAGAAGGAAAAAGAAAGAGAGAAGGAAAGAGAAAGAGAAAGAGAAAGAGAAAGAGAAAGAGAGAAAGAAAAAGAAAAAGAAAAGGAAAGAGAAAGAGAAAGAGAAAGAGAAAGGGAAAAGGAGAGAGAAAGAGAAAAGGAGAAGAUAAAGGAAAGAGAGAGAGAAAAAGAGAGGGAAAAGUUAAAAGAGAAAGAAAAAGAAAGGGAAAAAGAGAGAGAGAAAGAGAAAGAGAAGGAAAGAGAAAGGGAAAGGGAAAGGGAAAAAGAAAAAGAAAAGGAAAGAGAAAGGGAAAAGGAAAAAUAAAGAGAAAAGGAAAAAGAAUAAGAAAGAGAAAAGGAAAGGUAAAGAUAGAAGGAGAAAGAUAAAUAUAGAGAAAAAGAUUAGGAUAGAUAAAAUGAUAAAGAAAAAUAUAGAAAUAAUAGAUAUGAAAAAAAGGAUGAACGAUAUUAAUAAAAGGAUAAGAAUGUUCACCAUUAUGAAGAUAAGAGGAGAAAAAGAUCAAGGGAUAGGUCAAGAGAAAAACAGAAUUAUUCUAAUGAUAGAAGGGACAGAGAGAAAAGGAAUGAGAAAGAUAGAAAACAUAAGACAAUUAAUUAAGACUUUAAAACAUAGUUUAAAAGAAAAAGUUCUUCUUCAUCAUUGAGUUAAAAAAAUAGAUAAGUUGAAAUUAAAAUAACACAAAAUCCUAAUUCAAAAAAUAUUAAGCAUUAAGAAGAUGUGAAACCUAGAAGAUAAUAUUAGUAUGAAAAUGAAUUUUAUAGCUAAUCUGUAUCCUUGUCUCCCCAUAAAGAAUAAAUUGAAACUUAAGAGCCAGUUAAAAUAGUUGAGAACAUUUAAAUUUUAGAAAGUGUUCCUGUCUAGAUUGCUCCACCUUAAUAAAUUUAAAUACCUCCUGUUAUCAAUUAGCCAUAGGUUUAACCAGUAAUUUAAUAAUAAAUUGAAAAUGUAAUUGAAAAGAAAGAAGAAACCCCAAGGAUUGUGAUAUAGGAAAAUGCUAAAAGAGUAUUAGUAUUGAGUUAAGAUAAACCUUAACCAAGUUAAGAUACUAACUUUUAGGCCUAAACGGGUUCCAUGAAAAUCAUUAAAAGCGCCUCUGGGAAUACAAACCAAACAACUAUUAUUGUUCAAAAGCAAAUAAUAUCCGAUACAAAAAUAGGAUAAAUUCAUUAAAGUGGUCAAGAAAAAAUUAAGGAUCGUAUCAUAAUUAAAAAUAAAUGA